GACAGAUUCUGCGGCAGUCUUUGCCGGUUAACUGACGAAUGAUGGAUUCCAGAGUUUGGCAGACAGUUGGUGAGUUUACAAACAUAAGCAGUGAUCGUCGGGUAGGUCUACUAUGCGAACCUGAUGAAGAUAUCGAGCUUUUUGCCCGACCAGUGGAUGCAGUUGUCAUCUUCGUUACUGCCGUCUGCAUCCUGGCUGCCAAUGCAUUGAACUUUGCCGUCCUCGCAACCACACCUUCGCUCUGCAAUGUCCACGGGUACCUAUUGACGGCUCUGACGGCGGGUGGUUUCUGUCUUGGCUGCCUAGCGGCUUCCACCGUUUACCCAGUAUGGGCCGGCUGCUGGCCCUAUGAUGAGACAACCUGCGUUGUAUCGGCCUACUUCGCCAGUGCCCUGACGAUUUUUAACGCCUUCGUGAUAAACCUGCUAAACGUCGAACGAUACAUCGCCAUAUGCCACCCGUUGUGGUACACGGCCUGGGUUACCAAGACACGUAUUUCUGGCGCCGUUUGCGUGAGUCUUUUUGUAUCUUUCACGCCGCUGAUCCCUUUGAUGAUCACAGAUAAACUGAAAUAUGUCUUCAUUGGCAGCGGCUAUAUUUGUAUUGCAAAAGCCCGUGAUGCUGAAAAUCUCACUCUGUCAUUGGUGUUUGCAUGUGUUGUAACGAUCCCUAGUUUCGUGAUUGUCGUCAUGACAGGCUUCGCGAUGCUCCGACGUCUGUCCAGGCGUUCACACCAGCUCCGUCGCCUCUUCGGAUCGGUUGGGAUGGGAGUCCAGUCCGGCCGGUCUACAAUGCAACGCCGCAACGCCCGACUUCUCGUCGUAUCUGUGCUAAUCAUAAUCAUUUACGUCAUCUGCUGGAUACCCCUGACCGUCAUCAAUAUGAUUCAUAAAAGUCGGACCUCUCGGUUGUCCGGCGAGACGCCUGCCCUCCUGCUGUCGUUGUGGCUGGCAGUCUUUGUCAGCCCGAUGUGCAACACCGUCAUCUACUUGUUUACAAUGGAUGUGUUCAAAGAGCGCAUCAAGUCGCUCCUGGUUGCAUUCUUCCGUAAGGUAUGCGGCAUACACUGCAAGUCUGACAGCAAACGUAAUACACAAAAUGAUUUCGUUUUGUCGGAGACAACACUCCGGUCAGAUUAUACCUCAGGCUAUCCCAAGGCUCUGUAGAUGUGCCACUGUGUCGAAUCUUUUUAUUAUUGGUUUGUCACAGUCAUUUUCUAAUAAAGACUGCGCAGAUCCGCUGCUUUGCAGCAAGUUUGAGGCGCGUACUUUUAAUUUGCUCCACAAAAAUCAUAUUGUAAUUUUACACAAGUCAUGUAACAGAAUUACAGCAGCAAACAAACCUCGAAUAUUGCUGCUGAAUGCGAUGGUCUACCGGCUGUCGUAUAUCA